GUUUGCUGUCUAAAAUAUGGUAGUAAAUCCGAGUAUUGUUCGCCGAAUGCCGAUUACCGGUAUUGUUAUUGUUGUUAGUUUUUUUUCAGCGAGGUGGGGGUUGGGUAGGCUACUAACUGCUGCUGUCGGCAGCUGUAGGCUUCUUUGAAGUUUGUAAGGGUUCAGCCUUCAGUUUUGCCGUGUUGGUGUAAGAAAUGCUUUGUUUGUAAGCCUCUCUACUGUAGAACUUUGAUCCACGAAGGAAUUUGCAACCUCCUCGAGUAGUAUGUAACAAUGUCAAGGCUCGAAACCAUUCGACGUGUGCUAAAUCAGCAACGGGAGGUCUAACUUCCCAUAGGUACUUAGUUAGCAUUAGCUACCCGGCGACAGGUUGAUUCAUGAUCAUCAUCUGUAUUUACAUGAAUUAUCUGAGUGGAGUGGAGCUGAUACGCCGCAGCACAUGCCAACGAUAGUUCUAUCCGUAAUAUUGCGUCCAGGCAUGAGGUGAUGGGGGUGGGGUAAUGAGGUGUAACAAUAAUCACAGCUGUAUUCCACUGUGGUGUGACUGCCACAAACGGAUUCACACGUUCAGGCCCCAGUUACAUGCCAUACUGUAUUAAUUGUUUGUGUGUCCUGCAAAAAUAAUGUACGGUUACGUCAUUAUGUUAUUUAUCGAUGUAUCAGGAGCUUUGUCCAGCAAACCUUAAAUCAGGACAGCUAACCCAGGAGGCACAGUCCCAAACAGGGUAUCUGGCUCAAAGGCUGGCUGGCUCUUCACUUAAAAGGCUGUAAAAGCUUGAUGUGGCAGGGACCGUUCAGUGUCACUUCCCCCUGUGUCCACUUCACACGUGUGUGUGUGUGUCUCUGUCUGUCUGUCUGUCUGUCUGUCUGUCCAUGUGUAACUGAGGUGUUCCUGCGCAGUCUGCCUCUCAAGGCACGAACCCGCCACCUCCCAGUCAAUGCUCCUGUUUGGGUAUUGAGGCACAGCACGAUAUGGCUGAGCAAAAGGACCAUUCCAGUAGCUCACCACUACCGACACUGUAUGAAGCUUUGGGAGGGAGGUUUACUAACGUUCCACGCCACACUCUGCUUGUUGGCCACUCAGGGCUCAAAGUCACACCCGCCACCUCCUAGUCAAUGCUUCAGUUUGGGUAUGGGAGGCACAGCAUGGUACAGCUGAGAUAACAGUACAGCUCAGCGCUACCGAUACUGUAUGAGGCUUUGGGAGGGAGGUUUACUAACGUUCCACGGCACACACUGCUAGUUGGCCUCCAUUACACAUGUAUGUGCCUGUGGUUUGUCUUUUUCCUGAGGGAGAGGCCUUGCUGUUCACCUGUUGUCAUUGGGCCUGGUCAGCUGACCACAGGUUUGCUGCCGGCUGUGUGAGGUCAAGUGAAACCAUGAACCUGUGCUCAAAGUGCUUUGCAGAUGUGCAGAAGAAGGAGCCUGAGGCGGACGACUGCACCCCUAAGCACCUCCCCAGCACAGAAAGAGACCAAUCGCCAGCCUUUGACCACAAGAAGAGCAGCAGUAGCAGCCAAUCAUCGUCCUCGGCUCCCUCAGUACCUGACAUGCCAACAAAUGAAACUGCGCCCACAGAAACGGCCAGCCUCCCUGAAGAGGAGUCCUGUGACACAGCCUCCAGCCACAGUGCACUAAACACCCCCACCAAACGCACCGCUGACUCAGACUGUGGCUCUGAGAGCGACGUGUCCCCAGAGAAGAGGGCUCGUCUUGGGGAGGAGGUGAGCGAAGGCGAGGGCUCGCGGAGCUCGGCCAAGCAGAAGAGACGGCGACGUUGCCACCGCUGCCAAAUCAAGCUGGAGCUGGUGCAACAAGAGCUGGGCUCCUGUCGCUGUGGUCAUGUGUUCUGCAUGCUGCAUCGGCUGCCCGAGCAGCACGACUGCCUGUUCGACCACCUGGGCCGCGGACGCGAGGAGGCCGUGAUGAAGAUGGUCAAGAUGGACCGCAAGGUGGGCCGCUCCUGCCAGCGAAUCGGAGAGGAGUGCUCCUGAGGCCCAGCCAAUGGGAGAGGAGCGCUCCUGGAGCCCCAGCGAAAUCCGGGAGAGGAGAGCUUCUGAGGCCCAGCCCCCCCACCCACCCUGUUGGGAGCAGCCACCACCCAGGAGGGGACUAGAGGUGGAAGAUGGUGGUUGGGGGGGGGUUGUGUUGGAGGAUAGAUGGAGGAUAGACGGGAUGUUUCAUCAGUUCUGUUCACAAUGGACCCAUGGACCCUACUCGGCCUCACUCUGUGCACACACCUGUCCACGACACUGUAGUUACACGUCUGCUACCAGCAGAGGGUGGUGACGCUCAUGUGAGCUCAGCUGCACUAUGCCUUAAUGCACAGGAGUGAGGGAUGAGUUUGCCCCUGAGUUAACCCUAACCCCAGCCCCCCCUUCUCCCUUCUCUCUCACCUCCUCACAGUUCUCCAAUGGUUCUUCCCAAUCGGUCACCUUACCUCUAAUGCCCCGCCCACUGAUCCUCCUCAGGCUUCUAGAACACUCUCAGUGGUCAGAGGGCAUGACUCUUGACUUUUUGAACCAGAUCCUUCGACCCGAUGACUAUCAGACUUUUAAGUGUGUGUGUGAGUGUGUGUGUUGGAUGAAGGACGGUCGCAACAUUCUUGUUAGAAUCAAGCUCUUAUUUAGUGUUUUUGUUUGUUAAUUUGAGGAGGAGGAGAAGGAGGAGGAGGAUGACGCCUUGUGUAGAAUCUUGGCCCUUGGAAGCAACAAGGUGGUACUGUGUCAUACCGCUCUCCUCCACAGCCAAGUGUAAUUGACUCUCUCCUCCUCCAUAUACCCUUCACCUUCACCCUUUCUUAUCGCCGAACUCGGAUGUAUGGAUGGACUGAAGUCUCUGUGACGGUGGAGAGGAAAGAAUGGAUGUUCCUUUGUUUGACAAAACAAGAUUUUUGUUUUCAAGUCCUGAUUGUGAGACCUUGGUUGAUGUAUGUUAAAGAAAUUUAAUUUAAACUUGUAACAUUACCUUUGUAAUGCCCCCCAUGCUUUUCACUGCUUCUGGACUGUGUGUAUGUAGAUAGAAGUACAAAAAAAGAGAGUUUAAUCCUGUUUGAUCAUGAGCGAUUUACUUUUGUGAAGGGUUGAUGGAAUGAAUAAAGCUGAUUUGGCUCAGCUGUGUGCCGA